AUGACAGUGUGUGGAAUCAUGAUAAUGUGUGGAAUCAUGAUUGUGUGUGGAAUCAUGGUUGUGUGUGGAAUCAUGAUAGUGUGUGAAAUCAUAACUGUGUGUGGAAUCAUGAUUGUGUGUGGAAUCAUGAUAAUGUGUGGAAUCAUGAUAAUGUGUGGAAUCGUGGUGUGUGGAAUCAUGAUAGUGUAUAUAAUCAUGAUUGUGUGUGGAAUCAUGAUAGUGUGUGGAACCAUGGUUGUGUGUAGAAUCAUGAUAGUGUGUGGAACCAUGGUUGUGUGUAGAAUCAUGAUAGUGUGUGGAACCAUGGUUGUGUGUAGAAUCAUGAUAGUGUGUGGAACCAUGGUUGUGUGUAGAAUCAUGAUAGUGUGUGGAACCAUGGUUGUGUGUAGAAUCAUCAUAGUGUCUGGAAUCAUGGUAGAGUGUGUAAUCAUGAUAGUGUGUGGAAUCAUGAUUGUUUGUAGAAUCACGUUAGUGUAUAUAAUCAUGAUAGUGUGUGGAAUCAUGAUAGUGUAUACAAUCAUGAUAGUGUAUACAAUCAUGAUAGUUUAUACAAUCAUGAUAGUGUCUGGAAUCAUGGUAGUGUGUGGAAUCAUGAUAGUGUGUGGAAUCAUCAUAGUGUGUAGAAUCAUGAUAGUGUGUGGAAUCAUGAUAGUGUGUAGAAUCAUGAUAGUGUGUGGAAUCAUGGUAGUGUGUGGAAUCAUGGUAGUGUGUGGAAUCAUGAUAGUGUAUGGAAUCAUGAUAGUGUCUAAAAUCAUGAUAGUGUGUAGAAUCAUGAUAGUGUGUGGAAUCAUAAUAGUGUGUGGAAUUAUGAUAGUGUGUGGAAUUAUGAUAGUGUGUGGAAUCAUUAUAGUGUCUAAAAUCAUGAUAAUGUGUGGAAUCAUGAUAGUGUGUGGAAUCAUAAUAGUGUGUGGAAUCAAUAUAUUGUGUGGAAUCAUGAUAUUGUAUCGUGGAAUCAUGAUAAUGUGUGGAAUCAUGAUAGUGUAUGAAAUCAUGAUAGUGUGUGGAAUCAUGAUAAUGUGUGGAAUCAUGAUAGUGUGUGGAAUCAUAAUAGUGUGUUGA